GUCGCUGAGGGCAGGAGGUGCACUGUGAUGGGAGUGUGAGGCUCGGCCGCCUCCAUCACUCCGGGGAAGCAGCUGGUUGGCCGCCUGGGCGCCCGCUCAGCCCCGCGGCGCACGGCACACGGCACACGGGCCGGAUGGAGGUUUGGAGCGACCCGGAGCCUGAGCCCGACCACACCGGCGCCCGGGACAACAAGGCGCCGAAAUCCGCUCGGCUCGACAUGAGCCACGGCUUCGUUCGCCACAUCCGCCGCAACCAGAUCGCCAGAGACGAUUACGACAAGGAGGUCAGGCAGGCGAAAGAGAGGCAGAAGAAAAGGCAGACGCCAGGUCCAGUCCGUCCCCGAAGACCUGACCUCCAGGUCUAUCACCCCCGGCACAAGAAUGGAGCCGAGGUUGAAGACUCAACUGAGAGCAGCUCAGAGACAGAGACCGAGCCACAGAACCCAGAACUUUUCUGCCUCGAGUUUCAAGCUGACGAUAAGAUAGUCACCUCUGUUGUCAUCCAUCAGGGAGAUGACCCCAAGAAAGUGGCAGAGCAGAUUGGCAUUAGGAACAGGCUGGAGCCUGCCCUGAGGGAAGCUUUGAGACUCCGAAUCCAGGAAGAAAUGGAAAAGAGACUAUGGAAACGCUGAGCCAGAGUCUGGCUGACGAUCUAAAGUUUUGUUUCUCCUCUUUCCCCCACCCCCUACACUCCCCCGCCCUGACAUUCCCUGUUGUGUUGAAAUGCGGGGAGAUGGAUGCGGGUGACUGGGACCCAAAGGGGUGGUGGUUGCAGAGAGAUCUGACAUCAGUGGUCAGGAUAAAACAAAAAGCAGGAAUUGUUGUGUGUGUGGGACUGGGACGAGGUAAAGAAAGAGCUGUAGUUUAUUGCUGAAGAGGGUACAAGCCAACAGGACUUGGUAUAAAUGAACAGCACAACACGGGUUAUCAGUAUAUACAGGGCAGAGAGGGAUAUCAGCGAGUCACUGUCAUUCAUCAGCAUUCCCAAAAUAGGUCUGCACUUCAAAUGAAAUUCCGGGGAGGGAUUUGGUGACUGUGCCCAUGGGAUGGAGGGAAUUUCUGAACCCUGACACUGGAUUUCAGAAACGCAAGCCAGCGGGAAUGCCUGGAGUUCUCCUGUGCUGCGUCAAGAGCAGUCAGGAAAUAAACCCGAAAAGUUAGUACAGUAUCUUCCCAACGGCAGCUGGAAGCUUGACAGUGUCCAGUCACAGUGCAAAGGAUGCUGGUGUGAGCUGAACGACUCCCUACACACACCACACACACAGCUCAGCUCCCCUUCACUUCGCAAAUUGUUCCAAAAUGUUCAUCACCACCUAAUUGAGUCCUGCAUUGGAUUAGGUGACCUGAUGAUUAACACGCACGCACAGAGUGAGUGCUUCACAAGUCCUCUCGACCCACACCUUUAUCAAUGGCUGUCUUUGCACAUUUUAGUCAACCUCUUCGGGAUAUCAUGAAAUAGCUUUAUUUAAGAUUGUUUCCAAGAUUGGAAAUACCCAUCAGAUAUUUUGAGGGACUAUAAACGUCUAGUUUUCCUCAUUAUGGCCAGAUUUUAUACUCAUUGAAAAAAUAAACCAAUGUUUUGUUCCCUGGGUUUCUGUGCAGACAUACAGCAACCCCUGGUGAUGUCCUGAGCUGUACACUCCAGGAACUGCAGGGUGGGCUGAGCUCAGUCAGGGCAGCUGUUAUUAUUGUGCUUAUUAUUGGGUUAGUGAGGUGCUGAGUUAGACAUGUAUCUGUGCUAUGUUUCCACCAAAGCUCCCUCCAAUACCUCAGCCAAGUGGCUGUUAUCACAGUGGGUGAUUGUGGACAACAAAUGACAUUUACAUGGAGUCUUUCACGUCAGGAGGGUGUCCCA